AUGAGGUCACUGCAGCACAACAUUAACGACAAGGAAGUAAUGUCGAAAUGUCUCAAUGAUUGUGUUGAUUCAAUUUCACAAGAACAGAAAGUAACAUCAUUACCAGAAAGUACAAAUUUGGAACAUCUGUGCAAAUUAAAUAUUCGCGAACAGCCAUGUAUCCGGAAAACUGGAAUAAUUUGUACCAUUGGACCAGCAUGUCGAAGUGUGGAAAAAUUGCAAGAAAUGAUUAUCAAUGGAAUGAAUAUUGCUCGCAUGAAUUUCAGUCAUGGAACGUAUGAAUAUCAUGCACAAACAAUAGCGAAUGUUCGAGCAGCAGCACAUAGCUUCAGCGAGCCACGAUUGGUCGCAAUUGCUCUCGAUACAAAAGGUCCAGAGAUACGAACCGGUCUUCUAGAGGGGGGUGGUAGUGCAGAAGUGGAAUUGGUGAAGGGAAGUCAAAUCCGACUAACUACUGAUCCAACCAUGGAAAAUUUAGGGACAGCACAAAAGAUUUUCGUUGAUUACAAGAACAUCACUAAAGUUGUCAGUGUUGGCUCGCAUGUCUUUAUUGAUGACGGUCUCAUUUCAUUAAUCGUCGCUUCCAUUGAAGAUGACAGUAUACUAUGUACCAUUGAAAAUGGCGGUAUGUUGGGAAGCAGAAAGGGUAUUAAUUUACCCGGUACAUUGGUUGAUUUGCCAGCCGUGUCUGAGAAAGAUAUCAAGGACUUGCAAUUUGGUGUGGAGCAGAAUGUAGAUAUUGUUUUUGCAUCAUUCAUACGCAGUGGUAAAGGUAUCAGCAUGAUAAGGAAAGUGCUUGGUGAGAAAGGAAAUCACAUUAAAGUCAUAGCAAAAAUCGAAAAUCAAGAAGGUGUUGAUAAAGCCGAUGAAAUUAUUGAAGAAGCGGACGGUGUUAUGGUUGCGCGCGGAGAUUUGGGUAUUGAAAUUCCACCAGAAAAGGUAUUUUUGGCGCAGAAAAUGCUGAUUGCCAAGUGUAACAAAGCGGGAAAACCGGUCAUCUGUGCUACUCAAAUGCUUGAAUCGAUGAUAAAGAAGCCGAGACCAACUCGUGCUGAAGGUAGUGACGUUGCGAACGCAGUUCUGGAUGGAGCUGACUGUGUGAUGCUUAGUGGUGAAACUGCUAAAGGUGAUUACCCGUUAGAAGCUCUCAAAAUCAUGCAUCAGAUCUGCAAGGAAGCAGAAGCAGCACUGUAUCAUACACGAUUUUUCGAGGAGCUUCUGCAUGUAACUCAAAAACCGACGGAUAUUGCGCACACUGUUGCUAUUGCAGCAACUUCUGCUGCGACAUCUUGCCAUGCCAGUGCAAUGAUUCUGGUCACUACUACUGGACGGUCUGCUAUUUUGGUAUCUCGUUAUCGACCAAUGAUGCCUGUCUUUGCAAUAUGCCGGGAUGGACAUGUUGCUCGACAGCUUCAUCUUUGGCGUGGUAUAUUCCCACUUCUUUAUGGAGCAAAUCGAGAGAGUGAAUGGGCGAGCGAUGUCGAUGCUCGAAUUAAUUAUGGCAUUUCAGCUGGUAAGAAUCGCGGUUUUAUCAAGAAGGACGACUUGGUGGUUGUCAUUACUGGCUGGAGACAAGGUGCCGGAUACACGAACACAUUACGCAUCAUCAAGGUACCAUAA